CUCAUUAUGUGUCAAGCAUCUUGUUGACAUGUGCCUCUCCAGUGGUCCGAAAUCAGUUCCUUCUUUGUAGAAACUCUAUUCGCAGACUGGUACUCCACCUCCAGAGAGUCACAAACGUCGGAGGCUUUGUUAAACUGCGCAGUAACGUUGUCGAGGUUCCCAAGAGCUAUGAAGUGUUUCAUCUUGGUGGUUGUGGGGUUGCUGCUGUUUCCUCAGCAAGCACACAGCGGCAGAGAUGACAGGCCAAACUGCAAGCCGGUAACAGCCAGCUUUUGUCAAGGUGUGGGAUACACCACUACCCUCCAUCCGAGUGGAGUCCAAGGCUUCAACCUGCAGCAGAUUGGUCAGAUUGUGGAGACGGCCUGUUCACCAGCAGUCGCCACACUCAUGUGUCGCAUUGCUGUGCCAGAAUGCAGCUCAGAGGACGACAGCAGGGUGAAGCCAUGCCGAGCUCUCUGUGAGAAGGUCAAGACAGACUGUGAGUCUGUGCUCAGAGCGAAGCGGUUGUCCUGGCCGACGAGGCUCCGGUGUGAAGCUUUACCACAGUCGAGCUGUGUACAGGGUCAAGAGGCCAGGGUUAGUCCAACUCCCCCUGCAACAUGUCAGACGAUCAGCGUCCCUCUCUGCUCAGGCUUACUGUACACAGAAACCAUAUUGCCCAAUUUCCUCGGCCACAAAACCCAGGAGGAGGCAAGCCUGGAAGUUCAUCAGUUUACUCCACUCGUGAAAGUGGGGUGCUCCCCUCAUCUGAAGCCCUUCCUGUGCUCCCUCUACACUCCGGAGUGUGUGGCAGGAAGAGCUCGGCCUCCCUGCAGGACGCUCUGUGAGCAGGCACGGUCCGGCUGUGAGUCACUGAUGAACACGUUUAACUUCAUGUGGCCUGAAAACUUCAGGUGUGACACAAUGACCACAGAAUCAUGUGAACACAUCCAGGGUCCAGACAGCGUUGAUGCCCAAACACCCCUCCCAACAUGUCAGAUGAUCAACGUCCCUCUCUGCAAAGACCUUCCUUACACUGAGACUGCGCUGCCCAAUGUGUUGGGCCACAAGACCCAGGAGGAGGCAGGUUUGGAACUACAUCAGUUUUAUCCACUGGUUAAAGUGGAGUGCUCCCCUCAUCUCAAGCCGUUCCUGUGCUCCGUCUACACUCCGGAGUGUGUGGCAGGAAAAGUUCGGCCUCCCUGCAGGACGCUCUGUGAGCAGGCACGGUCCGGCUGUGAGUCACUGAUGAACAAGUUCGGUUUACAGUGGCCUGAAAACCUCAGGUGUGAAGCGUUUACUUUGGAGUCCUGCGAACACUAUGGAGUGAGCAGCAGUGGGGGGAUGUGUGAGCCCAUCACCAUACCGAUGUGCGAGGGUCUGUCCUACAACCAGACCAUCAUGCCCAAUCUGCUCGGACACACAAGUCAAAGAGAGGCAGUCAUGAAGAUGUCCUUUUUCAACUCGAUAGUGCAAACUGUGUGCUCGGUGGACAUACGCCUCUUCCUGUGUAGAGUGUACGCCCCCCAGUGUGUGGCUGGGGAGGUGCAGCGGCCCUGCAGGUCUUUCUGUGAGAAAGCCAAACGGGGCUGUGAGAGUCUGAUGAACAGUUUUGGUGUUUCCUGGCCGGCUGAGCUGCAGUGCAAACUUUUCCCAGAGGAAACGUGUAUAUCAGAAGACAGCAGGACUGAGAUGCUGAAUGCUGAAGCUGUUCUUACUAAACUGAAUGCUGGUGGCUUCACUGUUCGUGGCAAAUCGCUGAGUCUCAAGACGGCCCGCCUGCUGUUGACUCUCAAGGACUCAGACAACACUGGAGACCUGGACGUGGUGGAGCUCUUCAAACUGGAGCAUUAUGUGGCCAUUAUCAGGAGGGAGUAUGUGGAGAGCUACGAGAGGAGGAAUCCAUCCGCCGUCACUCAAACCCAAAUGAAAAAAGCUCUGGCUGUCCAUGACUUCCGUGUAGAUGAUAAAACCUUCCAAACUCUGUGGCACGAGCACGGCUCCCGAGGUGGGAUCGACUAUGAUGAGUAUGUGGCGCUGCUGACAAAACUUCAGAUCCUCAGAGAUCGCUUCGAGGCCCAUCUGCUGAAUCUGCCGUGUGACUGCCAAGUCGCCAGCUUCUCUUUCAAGCAGUUCUUGAAAUCAGCCAUAAUCUGAGAAUCAAGUCGGGUCGGAGCUGAAGGAAUCAUUUGUAACCAUGAUUUUGUUUUCUCUGAAGUAGCUGUAGAACAAACAUAUACGAACUGUGAACGUGCAGCAAUGUUCAACAUGAGGCUUCUUCCUAUUCAGGCCUGAAGUUUGCAUUUUGUCAGUGUGAUGCUAAAAUUGUACUUUCAAAUCAAAUAGCAGCCAUUUUGUAAAACUGUUACAUCUCAUAUUAA